AUGAUUGCAAAAGCGAUAGAUAUGCUCCGAUCGGCAGGAUACGAGUAUGAUAAUGACGACGCUCUCUGGACGUUGGCCAACAUCCACUUUCAUGGUCAAUAUAAGGCAAAGCGCGAUCUGGCACAGGCAUUCGACAUGUACGCCACUUUAGCGGAUAGAUCUGGAAAUGCGUCGGCUCAACAGAUGCUCGGAUUCAUGUACUCGACUGGACUUGGAAAUGUGGUGCAGAGAGACGAAGCAAAGGCCGUUCUUUAUACCACAUUUGCUGCCUGGGGCAACAACACGGCUGCAGAGCUGACUCUCGGAUACAAAUAUAUGCUGGGAAUCGGAACCAAGAAAAGUUGCCAGGAUUCAGUGAUGUAUUACAAACGGGCAGCGGACAAAGCCCAUGAAAUGUAUCUCAACGGGCCACCUCUGGGACGCACCAUGCCACCAAUCAAGGUUCGAUUAACAGACGCAGAGGGCGGGACAUAUGGGGCUGGUGCCAGCGGACCAGGAACCCCAUCACCAAAUGCACUCGCUAGCGACAUCAAAGAUUUUAUGGAAUUCCAUCGGUAUAUUGCCGAUCGUGACAGUCCUCAGGCCAGAGCUGCGCGGUUCAAGCUUGGUUUCCUGUAUUACACGGGCAAUGCGGGAUCUACGACAACUAUUCCACGGGAUUAUCAAAAGGCUGGAAAUUACCUUCGGCAGGUGGCAGAUGCUUUCUUCAAUGCAAAGACGAGCACAAAGGAGGCGAUUUUGGAAGCCAGGGAGCAGAGACCCCUCGAGGCUGAGGAUGCAGGCAUCACGGCAGCAUUGUUGGGAAAGAUGUAUUGGCGUGGCGAAGGCUACGAAGUUGACGAAGAGCAGGCGCUCAAGUGGUUCCAGAAGGGCGCACUCUUGGAUAAUCCUGUGGCACUUAAUGCGUUGGGUACCAUGUACAUCAGAGGUGCUGCGGGACUCCCAGUAGACCAUACUAGAGCGUUCGAGUAUUUCAAGAAAGCGGCGGACCAUAAGUAUCCAGAUGCCCAAGUCAAUAUGGGCUUGUUUUAUCUCAAUGAUCCGAAACUCCACACUCGCGCGCUGCAGUUCUUCAAUGAUGCUGCUCAGAAGCAGAACUUUCAAGCAGUUUAUCGUCUCGGGGAGAUGUACUUUUAUGGUCUUGGAGUACCCAAAAAGUGCGACAAGGCAGCAAGAGUGAGUUGUUAA